AAGGUUUUUCGUCGAUGAUGAAAUUGUUUUGGGAGCGUAUUUGUGGCAAGCUGUAAUCGAUAUCAGUGUGCUAACGGGAAUUAUAUAGCCCGAAAGUCAAUGGUCGAAAGUUCUUUCAGUGUUUUGAUGGAAUAUGGCUUCAAGGCUAACUACUCAUGGGAGCAGCCCCAGUAGACAAAAACACAGUCCUAAAAAGUCUAAGAAAAAAACUAAGGCAAAGGAAAAGAACUCGCCGAAUGGAGAGGCUUUUGCAAUGGGUUGCUCCCCAUCACAAGCGGUAAUUGUUCAAUCUACAAAAACGGAGACAUCACACUUGCAUCCGACGAUUUUUAUGGUCGGCGAUAAGAGUUUCCAAAUGUUGCGUGAACUGGGGGAAUUGAACUUUUAUCAUUUAGCACAGUACAACGAGGCUGAGGACACAGCCGAAUCAUUGCAUCGGGAUAUCGCUGCCAGACUCGAGAAUCCGUUGGAAUACUUAAAUACGGCUGAGCAGCCGAACGUAAGCAGUAAUUACCAUGUUGUAGAAAGGUCAACGUGCAAGAUCAACGCCGAUUAUUCUAUCCUCGUUCAUAAACCCGGCCCGAGCGCUGGCUUGAACGAUGAUGAACUAACUACUAAAAGCGAAAGCGAGAACAGUUCUGGUAAUCCAGUAGCCGCUGAGCUAAAGGAGCUCGCAACUGCAUCUAAACCCUCAAGUAAUCCUACUGGUUUGUUAAAAUCAAGUGGCUCCCCUACACACAUCAAAGAUAUCAGAAUAACAGCUGAGAAUACUAGCGACUCUCCUAUAUUGUUAUCCAGCCAACCAGCUCCUCUUAAGCAAAAACAUAUCGAAAUUAAAGAAACGAACGAAAGCAGUUCUUUGACUGUGAACGAAACUAAAGUUUUGCAAAAUCCGAAAUUUGAGGCGACUACUUUGAGGACUAAAUGUGUCCCGGAUCCCUUUGAUGAGAUCUUUUCAGCCCCUUAUAACACCAACAAGGAUACCUCGGCAGAGCAAAUUGAUGAAAAUAACACAAUGAAGUUAAAACCGAAGACGGUGUUUGGUAGGAAUCGUGUCACUCCCAAAGGUAAUAUCUCAGAUGCAAAGUGUGACGCAUCAUCAAAGUGCGAAAAGGAUCAUUCGAGUUCAACAUCGCUGGAUGAUGGUUGAGGACUGACGACUUAUGCGGUUAGGCACUGACGCUUUUGUGGCAAAGAAACAGCUUGUAUGAGAUUUUCUGAUCAUGGCUUGUGUAUUCCGAGCAAAGACAGGAAUAGUACAAGAGGUUUCUACGAUGUUGUGGUUUAAUGGUUUCAUCUUGCAAAGGAGUUUACGUGGAAACCUUAUCAUCACUUUUGUGUCGUGUUAAAAUGAAACAAGUUUUGCGCGUGAAGUUUGAUUUAAAAGGUAGUAAGUAUAGAUAACGUUUGACGGUGAAAUCCUUCGUGAUAUUUCCUUUACUAUAUAUCCAAAAGCACACAAAUCUUUGGAGAAAUCACUAACACGGUAACACCGGCCGCUUAGUGCAUGUGGGGUUUCGUGAAAGCAUAACAAGGAGUAGGGGGCGUUCCCUCAGUUGUUCAUUAUAGAAAUAUACCGAGCUCGAGUAGCAAUUGUGCAUAUAGCUACAAAACGCGCUUGUACAGACCGAAGCUUGCUCUCUGCUGCGUUUGCGAGAGAUAAAUACGUUAAAUAAAUAUUAGUUGUUUCUAAACAGUUGAUGACUUGUGUUUGAACAGAUGAUUUCUGUGCAGGCGGUCGUUUUGUCAGUUUAAGCGACACAUACAGAUAUCACUAGGCGAGUUAUUUACUAAAUAACGCGUUGGUAAUAUAUUAAACAAACGAGUUUUCAAAGCACUUGUUGUAUUUCUAUAAA